CCAUCCACAGCACCUGAGCUGAGGCCGCCUCGUCGAGCCGCGCCGCCGCAACCGCAACCGCAAAGCGGAUAGGAUCAUAGGAGAUUAGGAGGAGGAGGAGGACCGGAGGAGAUCGACGAGGUCGCUGAGAUGAGGCCCGCGGUGAGCAGGGCCGCCUUCGCCUCCGUGCUGCUGGCGCCGCGCGCGGUCGGGGUCGCCGCCCGCUGCGCCUCCUCCUCCUCGGCCGCCUCCCCGUCGGUCGCCGCCGCCACGUAUGAUCAUGCGUCGUUUAUCAAGGAGGUCGCCGCGACCGAUCCGCCCGAGCAUCUCAACUCGUUGCUGAAUGUGCUCCAGGCACGAGGUGAAAAGUUAGUUUCUCCAGGGGCGAAAAGAGGCCUGAUUCCACUUGUUGUUCCUUUAUCAGAAAGUCCAGCAGGCAAUUUAACAUCACUACUGAGAUGGCCGACUGCUCCUAGUGGGAUGGAAAUGCCUGUAGUGGAAGUACGUAAUUAUGGGCUAUGGCUUUUGGCUAAGAAUGUGAACCAAUAUAUUCACAGAAUGCUCGUGGAGGCUGAUGUCACCACUGAUAACACUGAUGAUUUAUGGUCUGCUGUGGGGGCCGCUGGUAAAAACCUUUACACAAAAGGUGAUUUCAAAGAGUCGCAGAUGGCAGAUCUUGAUGCCUAUUUGUUGAAGAAGGUCGGCCUCUUUCCAGAUGUUAUAGAGAGAAAAACAUCACGCCAUUUCGAAAAAGGAGAUUACGUCUCAGCUCUGAUUACUGGAGAAUUCUACACUAGAGAUCAAUUUCCCGGAUUUGGAAGGCCCUUUGUGUUCAACGCAGAAAUUUUAAAAAGAGUUGGGCGUACAACUGAAGCCAAAGAUUCAGCUCGAGUGGCUUUGAAGUCACCAUGGUGGACACUGGGCUGCAGUUACGAAGAGGCUGCUGAGUUAGCUGGGUGGGAGGAUGAGCAGAUUGAGUUUAUAAGAGAGAAGGUAACUGAGGAGGGCAAGCGCGACGAUCUGAAGAAAGGAAAAGCUCCAGAGCAGGUGGUUCUUGACGAGGCAGCAUUUCUAAUGGAUUUGGCAUCGGUGGAUGGUAAUUGGGACGAUGUUGUUGAUCGAAUCGCUGGAUGUUACAGAGAAGCUGGACUUGAUGACAUUGCGAAGUUUAUUGCUUACAGGGAAUAGUUGUUUAUAGUAACUUUGUAUUCCUUCUGAAUUAAAACACUCUUGUCUUUUUACUUUUACUUAUAAAAUCAAAUUUUAAAUUUUCAACCUUAAAUUUGGAGUUGAUUUUAAGGAUUUCUUUU